AUGCAAACAUCAUUACGAAAUAUUUGUGUUAUUAUAGGGGCUACAGGUUCAGGAAAAUCUAAAUUAGGCGUUGCACUUGCCAAAGCAUUUUCGGGAGAAAUUAUUAAUGGAGACGCUAUGCAAAUUUAUGAAGGAUUGGAUGUUCUUACUAAUAAACAACCCUUAGAAGAACGACAGGGUGUUAAGCAUCAUUUACUUGGAUAUUUAAAUAUAACUGAUGCAUAUAAUGUUUUUCAAUAUGAAAAAGAAGCACUUUAUAUUAUAGAGCGUUUGCAUGAGAAAAAGACAUUGCCGGUUUUUAUAGGAGGAACUCAUUAUUAUAUACAAUCAGUUUUAUUUAAAAAUGCACUUUUAUCAAAAAAGAAAGAAGUAGGAGAAACAGAAGAGAAAAUAUUAGAUAAGGAAGAAGAAAAAAAGGAAUAUAUGUCUAGUCAUUUAUUGAAUAUGUCUACAGUAGAUUUAUACAGUCAUUUGAAAGAAAUUGAUCCGUUGAUUGCAAAAAGAUGGCAUCCAAAUGAUCGACGUAAGAUUCAGCGUUCUCUUGAAAUCUACUAUGAAACGGGGACUCGUCCUAGUGAUUUGUAUAAUGAACAACGGCAACAUAGUGAUAAACGUGAAGUUCCUAGAUUUAGAACAUGUAUUUUUUGGGUAUAUUGUGAUUAUAAAGUUUUGGAUGAAAUUCUUGACAAAAGAGUUGACAAAAUGUGUGAUUCGGGUUUGUUUGAUGAAAUUAAUAUGAUGUACGAUGUAUGGAAUACACUUGAUAAACAAAAAAUAGAUCUAGACGUACAAAAAGGAAUUUGGCAAGCCAUUGGAUUCAAAGAAUUUUUGCCAUAUCUUCAACUGCCUAAAAAUUCUAAGGAGCAAACGAGAAAUAGAUAUCUUUUGAAUGCAAUUGCAUCUAUGAAACUUGCUACUCGUCAAUAUGCUAGAAAACAGGUAAAAUGGAUUAAAAAUAAAUUAUAUCCUCUUUGCAAAGCGGCUGGGAUGAAUAUUCGAUUCUACCUUUUAGAUGCGACUAAUCUAUCACUUUGGGAUACUCAGAUACAGAAUCUUGCUAUUUCACUUUUUUCAGACUUUUUACAAGACAAACCGGGCCCAGAUCCUCUUUCACUUAAUACAGUUGCAGCAACACUACUUUCUUCAGAAAAAAUACAUGAUUAUGCAUCUCAAACAUAUCUUUGGAAACAUUAUACUUGUAACGUUUGUAAAACUUCAUCAGGAGCGCCUCUUGUAGCAGUCGGUCUUCCUCAAUGGACGAUUCAUGUACAGGGACGUAGGCAUAAAAGAAUUGCUGCUAAGCUAAAAACAAAAAUUAACUCUUUGACCAUGGAAAAUACAUAA